AUGGAAUUCAAGACUCUUGAGGGUGAAGCCAUAGCGCCAGGGAUGCAGAAUGCAGGAGCGAAAAGUAUGCAAGCUAAAAGGAUAAAUCUAUGGCUUAAAGCGGGUUCUCAUGAAGACAAUCACAUCACAAAAGGCAAGUUAUUCGCCUCAACAAAGUUCGACACGGCUACGGAUCAUUUUAACGAGAUUCGAAUAAUGGGUGAGGAUGGCCAAGGAACAUUUUACAAGGGAAUAUUGACAGACGGAAUGAUCAUUGCAAUUAAGAAAUCCAAAGUUAUUGAUGCGGAACAAGUCGAACAGUUUGUCAAUGAGAUCCUUAUUCUCUUCGAAAUCAAUCACAGAAAUAUGGUCAAGCUAUUGGGAUUCUGUUUGGAGAGUGAAGUUCCUCUUUUGGAAUAUGAAUUUGUCUCCAAUGGAACUCUCCACCAAUAUCUUCAUAAUGCAUGCAGAGGAUUUCCCAUGUCAUGGAGACACAGUUAA